CUUAAGUGUCUUUUGAACGGGAAUCUAGGUUACUUGCCCCUAUGAAAGCUCGUUAUUGUUUCACAUGCUUUCAAACUUUAUUACAAAAAACUUUGUUCCCCACAGAUUUAGUAAAUAUGAGAAUUAUAUUAUUGCAUUAUUUAUUUUUUGUAUGGUAAUAAAAUGCACCACCCCAAGUUAACUGUCCGGGCAUCAUAUGAUGUAAUUGCCCAAACAUGUUUACAGUAUCCAUAUUACAUAUUACAAUGCAUUUAUAUUGAUAUAACAAAGGCACUAUAAGAGACCCCAGUAAAUAAUUGCACAUUAUAUUAUGUGUAAUAAAAGCCUGUAAUAAAUAGCCAUACAACUAGAUUGCUUGUAGGCGAUCUCAAUGUAUCCCAAUGACAAUUGUAUUUAUGUGGCAUUAUUUGUCAUAUAUAAAAUGAUGUUCAUUGGGUCCUAUCACAACUUUACAUUUAAUGAUUUUGUCGUGGUCAUUAUUUAUAAUCGUCCGUAACUGCACGAGAGCGCGUGCGCCGCCGCUUCUAUCAAACGUUGAAGUGCCGACGACAGUCUCGCAGGAAACUCCUCCCUGUUGACAACACACACGCUGCUCUCAUAGCGCAAUGGUCUCCUGGAUUAUUUCUAGGCUUGUGGUGCUCAUAUUUGGUACCCUUUACCCAGCGUAUUCAUCAUAUAAAGCUGUAAAAUCUAAAGAUGUACGAGAAUACGUGAAAUGGAUGAUGUACUGGAUAAUAUUUGCACUUUUUACAACAGUUGAAGUAUUUACAGAUAUCUUUUUGUGCUGGCUCCCAUUCUACUAUGAACUCAAAAUUGCCUUUGUGGUGUGGUUACUUUCCCCGUACACAAAAGGAUCCAGUGUGCUUUAUAGAAAAUGUGUGCACCCCACACUGUCCUCUAAGGAGAAGGACAUUGAUGAAUAUCUUUGCCAAGCAAAAGAUAAAAGCUAUGACACUCUGAUGCAUUUUGGAAGGAAAGGACUUAAUGUGGCGGCAACGGCUGCAGUAAUGGCUGCCUCCAAGGGCCAGGGCGUUCUUUCAGAGCGGCUCCGGAGUUUCAGUAUGCAGGACCUGUCAGCCUUCCAGGAUGAAGGCCAAGCAACAAACCAGAGUUCUGUUUCCACUCAACCCGCAUCUGCACAGCACAGAACGCGUACUAUGAUGCGCAGCAAAUCUGAGACUGGUUACAGCAAGGGCCAUGAUUUUGACAUUACCGAGUACGAGGUGUUGAACCCCUCUAUGGAGCCUCCCUGCCCUUUGACCUCCACACCCGCCCCAACGCAGCCUGACCCCAUGACUCCACCACUUUUCCUCCCUGAGUCCUUCCAGGAUAAACUUGCACCUUCACCUCCCUCUUCACCUGUAGCCCCAGAUGAGCCUCUGGAUAAAGGGAAGGAGGGAUAUGCCCCUACAGGGUCACCCCAACUCAGAUUUAAGAGGCGUGCCCCUGAGCCUCCUCCUAGAACCCUGAGACCCGUCACCCGAUCCAGAUCAAAGACCGCCCUCUCUUCAGACACUGAAGCCAUGUGACUGUGUGCAUAUGCUCCGAAAGCGCUUUAGCUGUCCUACCUGCAACAUGAGGAGACGCAAUGAGAGAAGGCAGAGAAAAAAAAGGAAUGCAGCCAAAACGUUAAAAUAUUCAAAAGCAGCCUUGCUCUGUAAUGAGGUAACCAAAGCGAUGCGCAACCUUUCGCUUUUGAUCUUUGACACUUAAUGGGAAGGGUAUCCAUUUACUGUAGGUAACGCACAUACGUGUACUGCUGCUCCAAGACUCUUUUGGGGUUAUUGAACGUGUUUUGUACAUAUUUACCGUAUGUUUGAUUGUAGGUCCUUUUAUUUUGUUGAUAUUAUUUUGGGAGAAAACAAUGCAUGCACGUCUCUGGUCCCCCAUCCAUAAUCCAUCCCGAGACAAACAUUACGCUUUUUGUUUGUGAACAUACAGUAUAGGGUUAAUUCUCAGUUUUGUUUGAUGGUUAAUGGGUGGGGUGUUGAGGGGUAAGUGAGUGUCAAAAACUCACAUCUAAAGCAAGGAGAGUUAAGGUAGUUCUUUGUAAAAAUAUACUGCACUGAUAUAGUUGGUGUGUUUGGCCUCAAACAACGUUUAUUUAAUGAUUUAUGUAUCAACAAAUGCAAACAUUUUUCUGCAGAGAGUGACCUUGGUGUUGAUGGAUUACAAUACCAGUUAUAUUGUUGUGCACCUAAAAUGAUUUAUGGUUUGAAAUAGAUUUUUUAAAAGUGCAAUUAUAUAAUGCAAUUACAAUAAUAACAGAAAUAAUGAAAAAAUUGUACUUUCAAAUAGAUAAACUUGAUCAAAAUCUGGUUAAGAAUCGCUUACAGACAGCAAUUAAUUUCUCUAUCAUUAUAAUAAGGCAUGCAGUGUUUUAAAGCAUUUAGAAACAUUUCAAAACCGUUUGAUCAACAAUAAAUAUGUUUUUGAUUUUUUUUUCUUUUUUUUCUUUAUCUGCAUGGAUUUACUUGACGAUUUGAAUGUGUUCCACAUCUUUGGCCACAGUAUUACUUACAGAGUUAAGUAGGCAUUAGUGGUGCUUUGGUACGUCACUCACUGUGUGUAGUUUAACUCUUGUAGCAUUCACAUGGGGGAACUUGGUUAUGGAAAUGUCCAAACACUGUGCGUUUACACUGGCAUGUACCACAGCUCGGUGUUGUGUAUCAUUCCUGAUCGCAGCGGUGUGUUAAAUGUGACGUGAGCUUCGAUAUGGCCUGAAGGGGGCAGCAGAGAAUCAACCGUUUCAAAUGGAAGUGGAUACAACUGAUGUUCUAUAUUUAGAGUGACAAUGCUUAACGCUGUGAGAAUGAUGACAAUCCUAAUCUCAUAAACAGACUUUGUAGAAUCCAGGGUGUAACAAAUAUCUUUGAACAGUCUAAAUGAAACUUUGGUAUCAAACCUCACUGAUAAAUCUGCCUCAGGAAUGUUUCUUUUAUCAUUGUAUCACAUAUAUAUUUACACUUGUGAUGUUCUUUACAUUGUGACGUUAAAAGGUCAUUUAAAGUGUAGAAACUUUCAAAAGGUCAAUUCAAUAUUUAGCAGUGAAUCUCAACAGACUGUCUGAAAUUAUUGCACUUUUGCAUGUCACUGAGCAUUUAUUUGUUUUGCUUUAGGGAGAUAAGGCUUUUUGACUUUUUGAGCAUGGUAAUUUGCAACUUUUGACUUUUACAGCGUAAAGAAACAUUUUUACAGCUGUUAGAAUGUUGCUAAACCGUUUCUUUACACAAGUCCUUUAAAUUUUCUUCUCAUGUGAAGACCAGUUUAGACUAUUAUCAAAAUACGACCAAAUUUACUAUCAGCAAAAACGUGUAGAAUAUGAAUCACAAGGUCGUUCUCUCUGAAUCUGCAACAUUAAAAUGAGACAUUUCAGAUUUAUGCUCAAUCAUGUCAUGAAAAGAGGAUUUAUUUCAGGGACUUGAGGCUAUGCCAUUAAAGAUUUUAAAAGCCCUGGCUUCUGUUCAAAUUAAACUGAAGAAUCAUUCUUUUUUAAGCUGUUUGUUUUUGUGCCAGGUGGUUCAGAGCUGGUGAAAAAAGUGUCAAAAUGUCACUUUAGGCACGUUCUUUAAACAUUAAAACCAUUGAAAAGUAUUUCCAUUUUUCCAUACUGUAAUAUCUGGCAGGCCAGAAUGUAUCUCAAUGGUCAAGGUCCUUUAUUAAGAGUAAAAAAAGACAGAAAUUAUUGUAAAAAAUGUAAAUGACAUUCAGCAAAUAAAGGGUGAAUGUGAAACCGUUUCGUGUGACUGCUUUCAUUUAACUGCAAUGUAUCUAUGAUGAGAUUCCAUUUUCAAAUGUUUCCUGUUAUAAAUACCAAGCUCCGGUUCUGGCCUGAUGCUCUUCCCAGUCCAGCCAGACGCUUGUGAUGAUGGGCAAUUCACCUGAUGACAACUACAGCCACAACCAACAGUCAUCCAGAACCAGAAUAAUAUUGGACAGACUUAAAUAUCUUUUUCCUAUCCUCACUAGUUCUUUCUUCUUUUCACUAACCA